AUGUCGUCGCUGCUCACAAGUAGGAUUGUCGUCGGCUAUUGUGGUAUUGUGACUCCGCCUUCCCGAGACGAGCCCACGGCCGUAGUUGCUCGUCUCCGAGUCAAGCGAACACUGCCGGUCGAAACGAGGACACCCUUCGACUCGUCACGCCGCCUUGUGCAACCUCCGUCAGUGUUCGACCCUCCGCCGCUAGUGCCCGACAAAUCGCGCGAGCUCCCACCGCCCUUGGCUGAAGUCACGGCUGUUCGCGGAGUCUCCGACGGUGCUGCACACGGGGCUAUUCAAACGCGGCCGGAGGUGCUCGAGUACACCGGCAAAGGGCUCGCGAGGGUGGCUAGUCGCGGCUCGACGGUGGCUGGGACGAAAUUCUUCGGCGGUGACUGUUCACUGCUGCCCGCGGCUGGCUCCCGGCGAGGCGGGCGGACGUCGACGGCUAUUCACGAUGGGUUGCUGCGAUUGAAGUCGUCGGACAAUCUGUGCAACGAGGGCCUGCUACUCGUCCGUACGGGGUGGCUGAGAUGCCAGCGAGAAGGAAGACUCGCGACCUGGUUGACGGAGAUGCUGGGUUUGCUCGGCAGUGCUUCUUGCGAGUUCUCGUCGAUGGCAGAGGUGAAGGUUGAUCGUCGCUCGAACGCCAGCAGGGGUUCGGUUUCUCGGACGAGAUAUCGGCGGCUGACGGGGUCCGUCGGGCUUUGA